AUGAUUGGCCUCAAAGCGAUGAUGAAUAUCAUUGACAACUCCGGUGCCGUCCUCGCCGAGUGUGUCCACGUCCUCAAAUUCAAGACCAGACACGGCCAUGCUCGUGUUGGCGACACCGUCGUUUGCGUCGUUCAACGUGCUCGACCUAUACCGAUUAUCACUGGUCCAGCUGGUCCUCAAACUGCGUCGAUUCAAGCACCAAAAGUCCGCAAGGGUGAGGUCAGAAGAGCCGUUGUUGUUCGUACAAAGAAGGAGGAAGUGAGGCCUGACGGGAGCAUUGUGCGCUUUGAUGACAAUGCGGCGGUGUUGAUUGACAAGAAGGGAGAGAUGAUUGGAACACGAAUAGGAGGGGUUGUUAGUGCGGACCUGCGCAGAAGAGGAUGGGGGAAAAUCGCAUCAUUAGCGCCUAAGGUCAUAUAG